GAAGGAAUAGACUCUUAACCCCAAUAACCCACCCAAAAUUCCUCAAAACCCAAACAAAAAUUUCCAUCCCCACACCCUCUAUUCUCCUACAAAUCCCUCUCUCACCGCCACGCGACCUGCCACCAAUCUCUCCGCCGCCCCUCCGAACCCUUGUAGAAUCUUCCAGGAACCCCAAAGGAGCCAGGCGGAGGGUGAAGGUGAGAGAUGUCGGCGAAGCUGCGGGUGGAGGAGCUCCGCGCCGAGCUGCAGCGCCGCGGCCUCGACCCCUCCGGCACCAAGCCGGCGCUCGUGCGAAAGCUGGACGCUGCCAUUCGUAAGGAAGAGAAGGAGCCGGCUCCUCCUGCAGCCGAGAUAUGCAAUGCGGAUGGCAUGGAUGGUGUGGUCAUGGACGGGGAAGCGGACGGCGACAGCAAAAGGAAGAGAAAAAGGCGUGCUGGAGCUGACAAUGAGGAGGAAAAUGGCGUGCCGUCGGAUGCGGUGAAGCUAGGGAGCAUGGGCUACCGCGAGCUGCAGGCUUUGGCCAAGGCACGAGGGCUCAAUGCUAAUGGGAGCAAGAAGGAUGUUAUGCAAAGGCUGCUCUCCACCCCUGCUACUUCCACGGCAACUGUUGUUCAGGACAAGAAGGAAGCAUCAGGAGAUGUUACGCUGGAUGCCACACAGCUAGAGGGCAUGGGCUACCGUGAGCUGCAGGCAUUGGCCAGGGCACGGGGUCUCGCGGCUAAUGGGACCAAGAAGGAUGUUAUUGAGAGGUUACUCUCGACCCCUGCUAAUUCUGCGCCACUUGCUGAUGGUGCUGUUCAGGACAAGAAGAAAGUUGCAAAAGGUGGUGUUGGGGACGUUGAGGAAGAGGUGAAAAAGGAGAAGAUAGUCACAGCCACGAAGAAAGGUGCUGCAGUGCUGGACGAGCACAUCCCUGACCACAUAAAAGUGGCCUAUCAUGUACUGCAAGUGGGUAAUGAGAUUUAUGAUGCCACCAUGAACCAGACUAAUGUUGGAGACAACAACAAUAAGUUCUAUAUCAUUCAAGCUUUAGAAUCUGACGCUGGCGGAAGCUUCCUGGUUUACAAUAGAUGGGGGAGAGUAGGGGCACGAGGUCAACAAAAGCUACAUGGUCCCUUUUCAACACGAGAUGAAGCAAUAUAUGAGUUUGAAGGGAAGUUUGAGGAUAAAACUAAUAACGCUUGGUCCAACCGCAAGAGUUUCAAGUUUUAUGCAAAGAAAUACGCUUGGCUUGAAAUGGACUACGGUGAAGUUGACAAGGAAACAACUCAGAUUCAGAAGAAAGGUUCCAUUGCCGAUCAGAUAAAAGCGACAAAGCUUGAAACUCGAACUGCACAAUUCAUAUCCCUCAUUUGCAAUAUAAGCAUGAUGAAGCAGCAAAUGAUGGAAAUAGGUUAUAAUGCUGAUAAACUUCCUCUUGGAAAACUGAGCAAAUCAACAAUACUUAAGGGUUAUGAUGUUCUAAACAGGAUUUCCAGUGUUAUUUCACGAGCAGACAGGAGACAGCUUGAACAAUUGACUGGGGAAUUCUACACCGUGAUUCCACAUGACUUUGGUUUCAAGAAGAUGCGUGAAUACGUUAUCGACACUCCUCAAAAAUUAAAAGCUAAGCUGGAAAUGGUUGAAGCCCUUGGUGAGAUUGAAAUUGCAACUAAGCUUCUGGAGGAUGGUUCAAGUGAUGAGGAGGAUCCACUGUAUGCUCGAUACAACCAACUUCGUUGUGACUUUACGCCUCUAGAAGUUCAAUCUGAAGAGUACUCUAUGAUAAAAACAUAUUUGGCGAAUACGCAUGGGAAAACGCACUCAGGUUAUACUAUUGACGUAUUGCAAAUGUUUAAGGUGUCAAGACAUGGCGAAACAGAGCGGUUUCAGAAGUAUGCUAGUGCAGGAAAUAGGAUGCUUUUAUGGCAUGGUUCUCGUCUGUCCAACUGGGCUGGGAUCUUUUCUCAGGGUUUGAGAAUUGCCCCUCCUGAAGCACCUGUUACUGGCUACAUGUUUGGAAAAGGGGUUUAUUUCGCUGAUAUGUUCUCCAAGAGUGCAAACUACUGCUAUGCUUCAGAAACAUCUAGAUCUGGGGUGUUGCUUCUCUGUGAGGUUGCACUGGGCGAUAUGAAUGAACUACUAACUGCAGAUUACAAUGCUAAUGACCUGCCGAAGGGAAAACUAAGCACUAAAGGAGUUGGCCAGAUGGCACCAAACAUAGCGGAGUCAAAGAUCACUGAUGAUGGUGUGGUUGUUCCACUAGGAAAACCCAAAGAGGAACCUUCAAAGAGGGGUAGCUUGCUGUACAACGAAUACAUUGUUUACAACAUAGAUCAGAUAAGGAUGCGGUACGUCCUCCAUGUUUCCUUCAACUUCAAGAGACGGUAGACCAGUUUGGUGAGAACCUGGAAGCUGGAGCCAAUGCUGUGAUCAUAACGUUUCCAUCACAGCAACCACUUUUGGGGCCUUAAAUCUUUUUCUGUGAGCAAAAUGUGUAGGCCUUUCCUCCCAUUUUAAGGCAGGAUUUCAGAUUCUGAUGGCUGAUCCUGUGUGUGUAUAUAAAGGCAAGCCAGUAUCGAAAUGAAUGUUACUUCUCUAGAUUAAAGACUUUAUGAAAAUCAACUGUAACUUACUUUUUUUUUUCAA